AUGGCAAAAGAUCCCAUCAGAGUUCUAGUCACUGGUGCUGCUGGCCAAAUUGGCUAUGCUCUUGUUCCCAUGAUUGCUAGAGGGGCCAUGCUAGGUCCUGAUCAACCUGUAAUUAUACACAUGCUUGAUAUUGUACCAGCUGCUGAGGCGUUGAAGGGGGUGAAGAUGGAAUUGAUCGAUGCAGCUUUUCCGCUUCUCAAAGGUGUUGUUGCCACGACAGAUGUUGUUGAAGCUUGUAAAGGCGUAGACGUUGCCGUCAUGGUCGGUGGAUUCCCACGGAAGGAAGGAAUGGAAAGGAAGGACGUAAUGUCCAAAAAUGUAUCCAUUUACAAGGCUCAGGCCUCAGCAUUAGAGAAACACGCUGCCCCAGAUUGCAAGGUGUUGGUGGUUGCUAAUCCAGCCAAUACCAAUGCACUCAUCUUGAAAGAAUUUGCUCCUUCAUUCCCAGAGAAAAAUAUCACCUGCCUUACAAGACUUGAUCACAACAGGGCUCUAGGCCAGAUUUCAGAAAGGCUGAAUGUUCACGUUGGUGAUGUGAAGAAUGUGAUCAUAUGGGGGAAUCACUCGUCCACUCAAUAUCCAGACAUUAAUCACGCGACUGUAGACACCGGAAAUGGACUGAAACCUGUUAGAGAACUUGUUGGAGAUGAUCCUUGGUUGAAUGCCGAGUUCAUUACCACCGUCCAGCAGCGGGGUGCAGCCAUCAUAAAAGCUCGGAAACUAUCAAGUGCACUAUCUGCUGCAAGCUCCGCUUGCGAUCAUGUGCACGAUUGGGUUCUUGGAACUCCAAAGGGCACUUGGGUGUCAAUGGGAGUGUAUUCUGAUGGCUCUUAUGGCAUCCCACCUGGCAUAAUUUAUUCUUUCCCAGUUACUUGCGAGAAAGGAGAAUGGUCGAUUGUGCAAGGGCUCAAGAUAGACGAAUUUUCAAGGGAGAAGAUGGAUGCGACAGCAAAGGAAUUGCCCACCACCACCAGUCCGGCCAGCCCAGUCCGUGGCUGCUACCGUCCGUCCGUCCGUCCGUUGCCAGUUUUGGUGCUGUUAUUUUGUUUGAGAAUCAAAAUGAAUGAAAUAAUGAAAGAAUUCCAGCAAGGCCUCAUCGAAGUUGAAAUGGAAGCUGAAAAUCUUCUAUUAGCUCGCCAUCAGUUGGUUGAAAAUGACAGAGUGAGACAAGGGAAUAGGGAAGCUUUGACCGCUUUAAGAAAGAGAGCUCGAACAACAAAGACUAGUGUUCCUUUGCCUUUCGAGUCAAUAAUGAGGGAUGUUGAAUCAAGGCCACUGGUGAAAGAGAUCUGUGCAACCUGUGGUGAUCACGAUUCAAAAGAGAAGACAUGGUUAAUGUUUCCGGGCACUGAUCUCUUCGCCAGCAUUCCGUUCCAUGCUGCUCAUACUAUUUUAGAGAAAGAUCAAACACUUUUUGAUUACGAAUCUAAAAAACUUCAGAGCUAUGUCAAAGAAAAGUCCUUUUCAAUUUCCGAAAAGGGUGUUCUUGCCGACAAGAUCAGUCCAGGUGUACUUAGAGCUUUGGUGACUUUAACUGACAAGCCAAAGGUUGAGGAGGAAGAUUAA